AUGUCUAACAACAACACCAACAACGAUGACAACAACAACAACCCCCCACCUCCAGCUCCUCCCCAGGCCAUGCGAGCCUGGGUAUACACCUCGACGCGCGGCGGCAUCGAGAAGAACCUCCAGCUAAUCUCCGACGCGCCGCUCCCCUUCCACCCGCCCCUCCCCCAAGACGCCAUCCUAGUCAAAGUCCACUACAGCACCCUCAACCCAGCCGACUACAAGUUCCCCGAGCUAGGCCCCUUCAUGCGCGCCCUGAUCCCCACCCCCGCCUCCCCCGGGAUGGACUUCUCCGGCGUCGUCGCGCAAGUCGGCCACGCCAUCACCACUUCUUACCGCGUCGGCGAUAAAGUCUUCGGCCGCAUCGCGCCCCCCAGCAAGCACGGCUCGCUAGGGGAGUACGUGCUCGCGCAGCCCUCCGGGUGCGCCGCCGUGCCCUCCGGCGUGCCCCUGCAAGACGCGAGCACCAUCGGCACGGCCGCGCAGACCGCCUACCAGUGCAUCGCGCCCCACGUCAAGCCAGGCGACAAGGUCUUCGUCAACGGCGGCAGCGGCGGCACCGGCACCUUCGGCAUCCAGAUCGCGAAAGCCCUCGGGUGCCACGUGACCGCGACCUGCUCCGGCCGGAACGUCGAGUUGUGCCGCAGCCUCGGCGCCGACGAGGUCAUCGACUACACGGCGGAGAACGUCAGCGAAGCGCUCAAGGCCAAGGGCCAAGUCUACCAGCUAGUCGUCGACAACGUCGGCACGCCGGCCGAUCUGCACCGAGCAGCCGACCAGUUCCUGCUGCCCGACGGGAUCUUCGUGCAGAUCGGCGGCGAGUUUACCGUAUCGAAUUUCGCCACCCUUCUAUCGAGGGGGUUUCUACCUUCUUUCCUGGGCGGCGGCAAGAGAAAGUGGCAGUAUCUCGUUACGAACAAUAGCCACGCCGACCUGGAGCAGAUCGCCAGAUGGAUGAGCGAAGGGAAGGUCAAGGCUGUCAUAGACGAAGUGUUCCCGUACGAGGACGUGCCCAAGGCCUUCGAGAAGCUGAGGACGGGACGCGCUAGGGGGAAGAUUGUAAUUGACUGCUCUACGUAA